GAAGAUUUUGUCGUGGUAAGCAGUCCAUGCGCUCGGACAGUGUUGUUGGCGGAACAGAGACCAGAGCUGAACUAUUGAAGUUCCAUGCAGACUUGCUGGAUUGACCUCUUUUGUUGGAGUGGAGCUACAUUUCCCUUUUGUGUUUUGUGUCCAGAGGUUUUCAGCCGCACUCCUGAGCGCUGGAGACGGGGCUUGACCGAAUACAUGUGGGAUUUAAAAUAACAAAGCCGAUUCAAGCCAGGUGGUGGCGCUAAUUGUGGAACUCUAACUUGCUCCAACUGCAUUAAAGUGAGAGAAGCAGAAGAUUGUUGCGUUCAUCAGUCUACGAGCUCAGAGUCGCUGGAAAAACAGAAACCAGAGCUGAAAUGUUGAAGUUCCAUGCAGUCUUGCUGGUUUGACCUCUUUUGUUGUUGGAGUGGAGCUACAUUACCCUUUUGUGUUUUGUGUCCAGAGGUUUUCAAAUUCAGUCCUGAAAUGAAUUUCGUUCUGCUUCAAGACUUUCUACUGCUUGUAGAGUGCACUUUUGCAAGCCAGGACAUUCUAGCAAGAGCAGUGUUCAGCUGUUCAAACAGGUAAAAUACAAGAAUAUGACAUCCAGAAGACGCUCCAGUACCAAGCAAACAUCAUUUGUUCCCCUCCACAUGAAGACAUCUCACAGACUAACACAGAAACUCAGCAAGGAGAGAACUCACAGCUGCUCAGAGUGUGAAAUGAGUUGUAAUUGUUUGAGUGCUCUCAAAAGACACCAGCGCAUUCACACAAGAGAGAAGCUGUAUUACUGCUCAGAGUGUGGGAGGAGUUUUACUGACCUGAGUAAUCUUAAAACACACAAGCGCAUUCACACAGGAGAGAAGCCGUAUCACUGCUCAGAGUGUGGCAAGAAUUUUAGUCGUCAGAGUACUCUCAAAACACACCAGAGCAUUCACACAGGAGUUAAACCAUAUUACUGCUCAGACUGUGGCAAGAGUUUUAAUUUUCAGAGUUCUCUCAAAACACACCAGCGCAUUCACACAGGAGUUAAACCAUAUUACUGCUCAGACUGUGGCAAGAGUUUUAAUUUUCAGAGUCAUCUCAAAGCACACCAGCUCAUUCAUACAGGAGAGAAGCCGUAUCACUGCUCAGAGUGUGGUAAUCGUUAUAGUCAUCAUAGUUAUCUCAAAACACACCAGCGCAUUCACACAGGAGAGAAGCCGUAUCACUGCUCAGAGUGUGGGAAGAGUUUUAAUCAACAGAGUUCUCUCCAAAUACACCAGCGCAGUCAUACAGGAGAGAAACCAUAUUACUGCUCAGAGUGUGGAAAGAGUUUUACUGAGCAGCAUACUCUCCGAAGACAUCAGCGCAUUCACACAGGAGAGAAACCAUAUUACUGCUCAGAAUGUGGAAAGAGUUUUACUGUAAAGAGUAAUCUCCGAACACACCAGCGCAUUCACACAGGAGAGAAGCCGUAUCAGUGCUCUGAGUGUGGAAAGAGUUUUAAUCGUCAGAGUAAUCUCAAAAUACACCAGCGCAUUCACACAGGAGUUAAACCAUAUUACUGUUCAGAGUGUGGCAAUAGUUUUAGUUGUCAGAGUCAACUCAAAGCACACCAGCGCAUUCACACAGGAGUUAAACCAUAUUACUGCUCAGACUGUGGCAAGAGUUUUAAUCUUCAGAGAACUCUUAAAACACACCAGCACAUUCACACAGGAGAGAAGCAGUAUCACUGCUCAGAGUGCGGGAAGAGUUUUAAUCAACAGAGUUCUCUCAAACAACACCAGCGCGUUCACACAGGAGAGAAGCCGUAUUACUGCUCAGACUGUGGCAAGAAUUUUAGGCAUCAGAAUAAUCUCAAAACACACCAGCGCAUUCACACGGGAGAGAAGCCGUAUCACUGCUCAGACUGUGGCAAGAAUUUUAGUCAUCAGAGUCAUCUCAAAUCACACCAGCGAAUUCACUCAGGAGAGAAGCCGCAUCACUGCUCAGUGUGUGAGAAGAGUUUCAGGCAUUCUUAUUCUGUGAAGAGACACAAGUGUAUUAAGAGCAGUGGUGGAAAUGGGCAGUAAUGAGUGCAACCAUAAUACCAUGCUGGGAGUCUGGAGGGAAACAGUGCAUCUGUCCCCAAUUUAAAAAAAAUCUAGAUAAUAGUUUUAUUUAAACAUUUUUUUAAAGAGAAAACCCAUCAUUUUUUUACUCUUUUGGAAGUACGAACAUAAAAUGAAACAUAAUUUCCUGUGCUGAACACCAAGUCAAGCCAUGCACUGAGCACUCAAAGGUCCUCAAGCACCCCUUGAAAACCUUUCAGUUUGAUGCUGAAUGCUGAGCUGAAGUCCACAAACAGAACUCUAGCAUAGGUUCCAGCACUGUUGAGAUACUGUAGCUUGAAGUGCAAGGCCAGUGCGGGGCCAGUGCAGGCCCUCGAGGGUUCCGGAGGCAUGGCCAUGAAGAUGUGCCAUGAGAAGAGGCUCAUGGGAGGCAUGGGUUCCCCAUGAAAAGGAACAUCAAGGUUGUUAACGUUAUUUGUUAGUUUGAGGAUGCAUUGUGUGUUAUAUGUGUUUUAUUGUUUCUGGGGUUGUGGGUGUUUUGUGUUUGGGGGUUGGUCCCAGUGGGGUGAAAGUCUCUGGCUAAUGGUGACCUUCCCCAUUGUUUCAAUGCAAUGCUAUGUUUUCUGUUCCUGUUGUUCUUUAAUAAAGAACAUUUAAAGAGCAAAGUGUGACUACUUUGCAUGGUGGUACAACACUGCUUAUAUUUGCACACAAAUUUUCAAAUGAUGUAUUGAUGUAUUUUCUCUGCACUGAUUCCAGCCUGUAGCUGAAGUACAGGUUUGUGGUUCUUACACAUUGUUAUUGACACUGCAGCAGGAAUAAAACCCUCUUCAACCUC